UAAAGCCAGAAGCUGGCACGGAGUCACCCAGCAGCUGUCUAGGCCAGGAUCCACAUCACUUCGAGAUACACAAGACUGAGAUCAAACCAGAGAACGUCUGCCAAGUGGAGGAGGAUGAUGAUAAGUGUGAAAGUGAUUCUUCGCUGGAGUCAAACGAGACGCUAAACACCAAAAAAACCAAGAAGAUACGUUGGCAUCCCGAGUCCAUUCGGAUGCUUAUUUUGCUAUACGAGAGUCAUCCGAUCCUGUACGAUCCGCAGCACCCUGGCUACCGCUGCAAGCAUGAUCGGGCCAAGUCUUUGCAAGAGAUUGUGGCAGAGAUGAGAAAACUAUACGACACCAUAGACACGGCAGACAUAAAGAAUAAGUUCAGUACAUUAAGAAGCCAUUACCUGUCCCUUUUAAAGAUCCAGUCAAAUUGGGGCACACUCGACAAAACAGUGCCCGCCUGGGUGGAAUACAUACAAUUCCUCAAGCCCUUUGUUAAACUCCCCAACAAGCAGACUGAUGUGAGAAAUAAAAUCAGAAAUAGAUUUUGA